AUGCCUCCCACGGAUGAACCGAAGGGAAAGAAGCAGCGGGCGAAGGACAAGCACUACCACCUGGCAAAGGAGCGAGGAUACCGGAGCCGCGCGGCCUGCAAGGUGCUCCAGCUCGACGAGCGCUUCCGGUUCCUCCCGUCGGCGCGCACCGUGCUCGACCUCGGGGCCGCGCCGGGGGGCUGGACCCAGCUCGCCGUCAGCCGCGCCACCGUCGGCGGCCUCGUCGUCGGCGUCGACCUCGCGCCCGUCCGCCCCAUCCGCGGGGCGCGUCUCCUCAAGGAGGACAUGACCGCUCCCAAGUGCAGCUCCAAGGUGCGCAGGCUCAUGGACUCCAGGGGCGUCGCGGCGUUUGACGUCGUCUUCCACGACGGCGAUGUACGGAGGAAGAAGAGAAGAAACCGCUCGGUGUGCGCUGGCACCGGCACAUCGGUGGCACAGGAGGAGGCCCCAACUACGCAGUCAGCCCUUGUCAUUAACACCAUACGGCAGGCCACCAUGUUCCUUGCCCCUGGCGGCGUCUUCAUCACCAAGUUCUUCAGGUGUCAAGAUUACAAGGCUGUAAUGUUAUGUCUCAAGCAGCUAUUUGAAAGAGUUGAGUUCACUAGACCUUCAGCAAGUCGGCGCAGACCUGCUGAAAUUUACCUCGUCUGUCUGAAAUAUAAAGCCCCUGCCAAGAUUCAGCCAGAACUUCUUGAUUUGAAGCACUUGCACUUGUUGAGUGUGGAUGCAGAGAAGAGCAAGGCCGGGAUGAUCCUCCUUUGUAAUCCUGACUUGGUUUUUUGCAUUGUCUGUAGGAUCUAUCCUUCCAAGGUUUUCAUUAUUGUCCAGUUUGGUGGGAGAAACACUGACCUAAUUUUCCAUCCUAUAUUCCUAUGUGAUUUAUGUAGGAAAUGGUGGAUGAUUGGUCUAGCAUCAGAUUUUAUAUGGUCUAACGCCCAGACACCACUUGAGUUUCUUGGUUCUUUUAUGGCCAUUUCAUUUGAUGAUCCAGCAUCUCUGCCUAUCAAGAGUCAUGAGCUUACUACAGACCAGAUAAUAUGGAUUUGUGGGGAUUUACUUCUGAUGGAUAAAAAUCGCUUAAAAUAUAUCCUAAAAUGGCGCAUGCGCAUAAGGACUGCACUUUCAUGUUCACAAGUUAUAGCAACCGCUGACGGUACCACGAUGGGCACGAAGGGCAAAAAUGAUGACCAACUUUUACCGGAAAUGGAGGAACUUAUGAGUGUCAUUAGUACAAAGGAAAGGAGAGAGAAUAAGCGUCAAUCAAGGCAUCAGACAAAGGAGAAAGCACACAAGGCAAUAAGAAUGCAAACUGAUGCUACAGAAUAUUGUUACGGCGACCCUGACUUGUUUUUUGUUAGUGAUACCAAUGGUGGAAAAGAACCUCAAGCUGUUGAGUCAGGAGAAGAUGGAGACAGUAGGAAUGGAGAAACUCAAACUCAUGAGGACUCUGAUGAGGUGAUAGAUUCUGAUGAAGAACUGCAGAGGUAUGAAGCUCAACUUGAGGAGUUGAUCGAUGAAGCUUAUGCGCGCAUUAUGACUACAAGAGGCGGAGGAGUGAAACAAGAAACUAAACGUGCCAAGUGUAUUGAUCUCAAUACUGAUGCACAUUUUUACGAGAAUUAUAAAAUUAUUGAAAGUUUGGCUAUAAUAGAUGCUCAUAUUAUGCUACCACUUGACAGGGUGUUGAAGAAUCAGAUGAUGGUGUGA